GGGAAAUGUAGUCCACUUUAAAAGCUGAGACACAUGGCGGAAGUGGCUGGAGAGAGGUUGUUCCGGAUCAUCUCAGUGUCCUACCCGACCUAACCGGGUACUGCUCUGGUUGGUAUCCGCUGGUCCUUGGAAUUCGUAGCCCGUGGGGUCCCAGUUGAGAGUGCCCCCGAGAGUAGAGAAGCAUGGCUAUUGUGGAUGUCAACACUGUGUUCAAGGAGCUGGUGGUGUUCAGGGAUGUGGCUGUGGAGUUCUGUAAGGAGGAAUGGGAGUGCCUGGGCCCUGAGCAGAGGUCUUUAUACAGAGAUGUGAUGCUGGAGACCUACAGCAACUUUGUGUCACUGGGACUUGCCAUUUCUAAGCCUUUAGUAAUUUCACUGCUGGAGCAAGGCAAAGAACCGUGGAUGGUGGAGCAAGCAGGAUGGUAUCCAGAUUUGCUGUCUGUAAAUGAAACGAAGAAUUUAUCUCUAGAGCGUGGCAUCUUUGGAAAGGAAUCAUUGAAAUGGAAAAUAAUAGAAAGAGUCGGUAAUUCUUGCCUUGAGGAAUCUAGUUUUGGAAAUGACUGGAGAUGCAAGGAACCCCUUGAGGUACAAGCGGAAUCCACAGAGGAGUGUGUACAGAGAGUGGCAGCCCCGUUGGAAAAGAUGGCAGCCGAAUUCAUUCAGCCUACACCCAUCGCUCUGAGUGAAGUGACUCACUCUGAGACAAAACACUAUCAACAGGAGGCAGGCGAGUCCAUUACUCAGCAGGGAAGAGUUCCUGCCAGUGACAAACUUAACGAAGUGUACGAGAACACGUUUGUCUACUACGCGGAUCAGAUGAAGCAUCGGCAGGACUUUGCUGGCGAGAAGUGUGAUGAGUUGAAGGAGUGCAGCAGAGGAUUUGCCUAUGACUUCCAUCUUGCCCCAUAUCAGAUCAAUAAGAAGCCGUAUCAGUGUGAGAUCUGUGGCAAGAUCUUUGAAAAGCAUGCUUACCUUGUUCAACAUAAUCGCUUUCACACUGGCGAAAAGCCCUGUGAAUGCAAGGAAUGUGGGAAAGCCUUCACUAACUGCUCCCUGCUCGUCCAGCACCAGAGAGUUCACACGGAUGAGAAGCCCUAUGAGUGCAAGCACUGUGGGAAGGCCUUCCUCUACUUCUCUACAUUUUUUCAACAUCAGAGAACACACACCAAUGAGAAGCCUUACGAAUGUCACAAAUGUCAGAAGGCCUUUAACAAGAGUGCAAACCUUACCAGACAUCAAAGAAUUCACAGCGGUGAGAAACCCUAUGAGUGUAACUUAUGUGGAAAGACUUUUACUUGGGCUUCCAACUUGAAUGAUCACCAGAAAAUUCACACUGGUGAAAAACCUUAUGAGUGUAACUAUUGUGAAAAGGCCUUUCUCUGUCAUUCAGCAUUCAUGAAACACUAUAGAACUCACACUAAUGAGAAGCCUUAUGAGUGUCAGGAGUGUAUGAAGGCCUUUAGGCAGAAAGCACAUCUCAUCCAACACCAGAGAGUCCACACUGGCGAGAAACCUUAUGAGUGUAAGGAAUGUGGGAAGGCCUUCGCUUGUCCAUCAUACUUUAAUAGACAUCAGAGAAUUCACACUGGGGAGAGGCCUUAUGAAUGUAAAGAGUGUGGAAAGGCUUUUAUCGAUUGUAAAACUCUUAUUCUACACCAGAGGAUCCACACUGGGGAGAAACCCUUUCAAUGUCAGCAGUGCAGCAAGGCCUUUAGACAGAGGUCCCACCUUACGCAGCAUCAAAGAAUCCAUACUGGCGAGAAGCCCUAUGAAUGCAAGGAGUGUGGACAGGCCUUUACUCGGCUCUUGCAGGUGAAGAAGCACCAGAGAAUACACACAAUGGGAGAAAUUCUAUGUAUUUGAAUACUGCCCUUUAUUUGUUCAACAUCUUCAUGUAUGUAUGGAAGAAAAAUGUUGAUAAGAUCAGAAAUAUGGGAAACACCCGUAGGUGUCCCUCAGCUACCCUGACCCUGCUGAGAAAAGCCUGGAAGUGAGGCAUAUGGAGCCUCUUAACAUUGUGUAAUUUAUACUAUGGUGAUUAGAACAGGAAGCCCUCGUUUUUUUCAGCUAUUCGAUACCGAAUAAGAGUUUGUAAGAGAAGACCGUCUGAUAACUGUACUUCUUUUUUUUUGCUUUAUAACCUACAAUUUAUUGAACAUUAAUUCACAUAGGAAAAAUAAAAAUUAAAUUAUGACUAGAAAUACUAAUUCUAUUACCAGUAAAAGGGUUACAUUUAAUUAUAGCUAUAGAAAAUGCCACAUAGAGAAUGAUUGCGUGGGCCUUCUUGGUGUAGACGCUAUCCCGUGCAUCAUUUGCCACCUGUAUUUUAUUAUUAGCUAACUGCUGCACUUCAGAUUGCUGCCUGUUAGUCAGUAGUAAGGCUCUUGUGAGGACUUUAGUAGAGGGAACUUUGGCAUAGUCAGUAGCAUGGAGGAAUGAUUAGGAAACAUUAGGAACCAUCUAUCUAUCAUAGUCUUCGUUAUUAUUAGUAGAAUGUUCAUGUGCGUUUUAUUAAUGCCGUCUCCUGUCAGCCUGUCCCGGAGCAAGGCUCUCAUGGGGAGUUCUGGCGACAGUGGUCGGACCAGAACAUGGUGAGCAGCUUUUCACCUCAGCUUCAGUUGAACCAGGCAGCUGACUCUGGCGCGGCUGCCGGGACUCACUGCAUUUAGCUGGAAGGUAGGCUCAAAGGGUCCUCUGUAGCAGAGACUGUGAGUUUACUUACACAGGACAGACGGGUUUGCAGGGUGGGAAAUGGAGCACAGCUGCAAUCUAUAACCGUCACCACGUAACUUCUGGAUUACGUGAAAAAUUCAGUCUGAAAAUACAGCGUGCUUCAGCGUGGAAGAUAGGCAGCUCUGCAUAAUAAAACAUGAUGCGGCUCAUCUGCAUAAAUGCUAUAAAAUAUUCAAUCAAAAAAUCAAAUUCUAGAGGCGACAGCAGAAAUAGAUAUUAUUACAAUAAUUGAUUACUUAAUUUAAAAGAGCUUAAGAAAAUCAAUAAAAUCGGUAACUGGACCUUAACAGUUUUUCCUAAACCAUCUGAUAGUAGACUGGAUUUUCCAGGUCCUAAGGAGACAUUUGGAAGACACAGGUGUAACAGUCAGGGCUAAUGGGAAGGAAGCAGAACAUUUGCAGGCAGAAAUAUUGUCAGUUGGCUUUGGUGGGUUUUAUUUCAAGACAGGGUCCCUCGUAAUCCUGUGGCAAUCCUCCUGCUUCAAAACACUGAGUGCUGGGAUUAGCAGUGUGUGCCCCCACACUGCCUUGAACUCAGAGCCAGGAGCCUGCUAAGCAUGUGUUCUGCCACUGAACCGCCCCCAGCCCUCUAUUUUCUGAGGCCUGGUCUUGCUAAACUGCCAAGGCAGGCCUUGAGCUCAUCUCCUAGCACUGGCCUCUGACAGCUGGGAUUACAGACGUCUGCCACCGGGUACAGCUAGAAAGGGUUACUGCUAUGAAAUAAUUGUUCAGUGUUAUUUGAGUUAAAUUUGAAAUGUUUAGAGUAACUUUUGGUGACUAUAUAUAAAUUUUUCAGACUGAUUCACAGACCCAGAGAAUCAAGCCAGUAUACCCUUAAAAAGUAGAAAAAUGGUUGUGUUCCCUUAAGUGGAGCGUGUGACAGUGUUCAAGCAGGGAAGCAAGCUGUUGUUUGCCAUAGGAUCCAUGUGGCCCAGGCUGCGGCUUCCCCCGUGCUGUCGUACCAGAUAGCAGGGACAUUUGAAACAGAUUGUCAACAUAAUACCUUUGCCAGUCCAUCCUUUUCGUAAGGUGAUCUGUCUUAGCCGCGUAAGUUGGUGCACUCAUGUAAUCCCAGCGCUGAGAAGGUGGGUGUAGGAAAUCAGGACUGUUCAAGGCUAACCUGGGCCACAUGAGAGCCUGUCUAUGCUAGAAUCAUAGAAGGUAGCUGAGAAAAGCAGAAGCAACCAGUAAUCAAAAUAAGACCGCAAACAAAGACAGUGAACCCAGAAGGAGCCAGUGGGAAGUUGUGUGGUAGGAUGGUAGACAUUGUAUCAGUAAUUCCAAAAAUCAUUUGAAUAGGCUGAUUACUAUAGUUGAAAGAAAGGUUUUUUUCUUAUUUAAAUGAAAGACUAG